AUGGAGGGCUUGGGAGAUAAUAUCACUUCUGUCCAUCGCAGAAGUUUUUAUUCCACUGCUCCCAGGACUAACCCAAGCCGGUCUGUACCAGGAGUAAUGGUAUACACAAUUUCGGACAAACCAAACUCUUUUGGCUUAGAAUCUCUUAAACCAUAUUCACCUCUUUCUACAGUAGCCACAAAUGCGUCACUCACAUUUGGCUGUCAUUUGGGGAGCAGUUGUUAUGGUUGCACAAUCCCUGACAGCAAUCUAUUCCAACGCGGUGUGAUGAAACCUACUUCUCAGGCGUCUCUAUCUGGACACUCAUCAGAUAAACCAACGCAUUUCUCAGGGGUUUCAAGUUCCAACAUACACUGCAGUGAAAUGCAGUCCAGACUGAGAGACUUUGGAAAUGUUUACCAAGGUCUUUACCCAAGAAUCCCUGGAUACAUUGAUGUACCUGUUGUAACAAGGGCUGGUCCUGGAGAUCCGAGGCAUGAGGCCUAUCAGCAAUUGAACUGGGCUAAUAGUUGGAGCAAUUCACUGUAUUAUGCCAGAGAACAGAAGCAGGGCUCGCAAUUCUGGAAGUCAUUUCUCACAGAGGAAGCAGUAAUGAACCAGCCAGAUGUCUGCACUUCAUACCGACGUGGGAGGAAGAAACGGGUGCCUUACACGAAACUACAGCUCAAGGAACUUGAACGAGAGUACACCAUUUGCAAGUUUAUUACCAAGGAGAAAAGACAACGGAUAGCUUCUUCCACCAACUUGUCUGAGAGACAAGUAACAAUAUGGUUUCAAAAUCGUCGUGUCAAAAACAAGAAGCUUAUGUCAAAAGAUAGAGACCUUGAAACUUUCUCUUGA